ACUCAAGCGAGCCCUGGCGCCCCACAGCCGCCGGCGCUGGUCCCGCCCACCGGCGCGUGAGGCGGCGCGGCCUCGGGGCAGCUUUUUCCCAGCUGCUGCCACCACCAUGAGCCAGCACCGGCAGGUCCUGGGCCGCCCCCUGCCCAUCCCCGCCAAACUCCAAACCAAACCCAAAUCCAAACGCCUCCGGACCAAGCGGGAGCGCAACGCGGCCAAAUUCGGCCCAAAGGUGCCCUUGGGGGGCUCCCGGCGGGGCCCCGCCGCCCCCCCUCGCUGGCUGCAGCCUCCCCUGUGGAGGGGUCUCGCUCUGGGGAGCCCCCUGGGCGCCCCCAAGCCCGUGGUGAUCACUCAGAACCGCCUGUGCCACCGCGGCCUCUUCAACCACGAGGUCAAAUCUCUGGACGUCCGGCGCCUGCUGACCCCCGGCCCCGGCAGGGAUGGCCCCCCCCCAGCCCCCCAAAUUGAGGAGGGGGAGGUCGGGGGGGUCUCGGCCGAGGCGCUGAGGGAUCUGGUGGCCAGUCUGGGCUCGCUGCUGGGGGGUUUCGGGGCGUUUUUGGGGCGGGACCUGGUGAGCGAGCGGCGCCGGAGCCUCGUGGCUGCGCUCAGGAGGCACCGACGGGGACCCGCAGACCUGCGGCUCUUCCUGGCCCACCGGAGCCCCGCGCAGCCCCCAGCGUUGUCUCCAGCAGGUCAGGGCAGCCCCCGGGCCCCCCCGAAAGAGGCGAGGCCGGGACCCCCAGGACGAGCGGUCAGUCUGGGGGGGUGGGAGGCGGGGGACCCCCCUGCCGGGACUCCCAGCCCACUUCGUGUUGUCGAUGGGCUGCCGCUGCCCCCCCGCGCCCCCAGCCCCAUUUUUGGAGCCCUCAGAGAGCGGGAGAACCCUUUCUCAUGGAGCUCAGCCGAGGAUGAGGAGGAUGAGACCCCCGGGGGGCUCCCCCAGACCUGGGCUGGUCCCGGGGGGCUCCUGCCGCCACCGCCCCUUUUGGAGGUCCCCACAGCCUCCCCAGGGGGACGGGGAGGAGGAGGGGAGGGAUGAAGGCUGGAUCCCCUUCGCCCCCCCAGCCUUCAGCCCAGACCCUCCACCGGGGGACCCCCCCCAAUCCAGAGACACCCGUGGGC